AGCUCAGAUGGAACAAGAGACAUAGAACAAGCCUGAACCAGAAGUUUAAAAUCCUCUCUCCUUGCGGAGUGAGUAAAAGAGUUGUUCCGGUUUAUGGUUCUAAUAACAAACCAGGGUUUGCUGUUACAUCUAAACCAGGCAGUCAAGUUUGUGGCUCAGCAUGGAUCGAAGAAGAUAGUACGGGAAGAAGGCGGCGGGGGAAUUUGGAGCGGGAUGGCUUUCUUGGACAACCCCACCAUUAUCCUGGCUCACAUCCGGCAGUCGCACGUGACCAGCGAUGACACGGGGAUGUGCGAAAUGGUCCUGAUUGACCACGACGUGGACUUGGAGAAAUUCCAGCCCGCUUCCGCCAACAGGGAGAGCAGCUCGGAGGCGCAGGGCAGCAACGGCGAAUCUCAGGGUUACGUCUACUCUCAGUCGGUCGACAUUACCUCAAGCUGGGACUUCGGCAUCCGAAGGCGGUCAAACACAGCUCAGAGACUCGAACGUCUACGGAAGGAGAGGCAAAAUCAGAUAAAAUGUAAGAAUGUGCAGUGGAAAGAGAGAAAUACGUCCUAUUCAGCAGAGGAGCUGGGCUUGCUCUUUGAGAAGAAGAACUUCAGAUUAAAGCCUCCAAACGCCACAAAACCUUCCAUCCUGUCCGUCCGACUGGAGCAGUGCCCCCUGCAGCUGAACAAUCCGUUCAACGAAUACUCCAAAUUUGACGGCAAGGGCCACAUUGGCACGACCGCGACCAAAAUCAUCGACGUCUACCUCCCGCUGCAUGCAAACCAGGAGAAGUUGCAGCCCAUGACCGUGGUGACCAUCGCCAAUGCUAAAGUGCACGACUUGAUUGGGCUGAUCUGCUGGCAGUACACGAGCGAAGGACGAGAACCCAAACUCAAUGACAACGUCAGCGCUUACUGUCUCCACAUUGCCGAGGACGAUGGGGAGGUGGACACGGAUUUUCCGCCCUUGGACUGCAACGAGCCCAUUCACAAGUUUGGCUUCAGUACACUGGCGCUGGUAGAGAAAUACUCAUCGCCUGGUUUGGCGGCUAAACAGUCGCUCUUCGUCCGAAUAAAUGCUGCGCAUGGAUUCUCGCUUAUCCAGGUGGACAGCAUGAAGGUCACCAUGAAGGACGUUUUGCAAAAGGCCUUGAAGCGGAGAAAAGGAUCCCAGCGAGGCUCAGGCCCUCAGUACCGGCUGGAGAAGCAGAACGAACCCAACGUCCCUGUUGACUUAGACUGUACCUUGGAAAGCCAGAGCACUUUGGAAUUCUGCCUCGUCCGUGAGAAUAGUUCGAGAGGAGAGGAGAUCUCCGAAGAGGACCCGCAGAUCGACAUCGCUACCGUCCAAGACAUGCUCAGCAGUCACCAUUAUAAGUCUUUCAAAGUCAGCAUGAUCCACAGGCUUCGAUUCACGACGGACGUCCAGUUAGGUAUUUCGGGAGACAAGGUGGAAGUGGAUCCCGUGACGAACCAGAAAGCCAGCACCAAAUUCUGGAUUAAACAGAAGCCCAUCUCCAUUGAUUCCGAACUCCUGUGCACCUGCGAUCUUGCGGAAGAAAAGAGUCCAAGUCAUGCAAUAUUUAAACUCACAUAUCUAAGCAACCACGACUACAAACAUCUCUUCUUCGAGUCGGACGCUGCCACUGUCAACGAGAUUGUGCUGAAGAUGAACUAUAUCCUCGAAUCCCGUGCCAGUACAGCCCGGGCGGAUUACUUGGCUCAGAAGCAAAGGAAACUGAGUCGUAGGACCAGCUUCAGUUUCCAGAAAGAGAAGAAAUCGGGACAGCAGUGAAAUCCAGGCUGGUCUGGAGUCCAACUGAAGAGACUGUGCAUGCACGAGAUGCCCCUCCAAUAGCCUGGGACAGGAGGGGAGUCCGUGCGCUCUGCCUGCUAACGGCCCAUGGCCAACCAGAGCAGAAAUUGUUCUUUUUCCAGGUCGGCAUGACGAGGGCCACCUUUGGCAACGGGCGUCGCCCUUUGAUGGAAACGAUGAGCCAUAUCAACCCCAAAGAGGGCCGCCGGACCUCCAAGGCCUCUGGCUGGCGCCCAGAAGAGGCCCCUCUAGGCUUGACAUCUUGUUUGUGUGUUUGUUUUUCUAGAACUCUCUAACGUACAACCACGAGGGAAGCCGCCGCUGGCUGGCUGAGUGAUCCGCAAAAAAAACCAACCCCCCAAAGGCGAAAACGUGGAACGGCCCCCACCCGUAACACGCGCCCCCCCCCCCCCACGAACGUAUCGCUUGUGACUCGAUCAAAUUUCUUAAAGACAGACAAACUUGUAGGUCAAAUGUAUCCAUUUUUACUACUAAUAAACCAGUUGUACUCUU